AUGGGUCUCUCUGGUGUCAAGAAGUGGGUGACUUCUUAUCAUACAAGCGCAGUUACCAUAUCAGGACAACAUACUGACUGUCUUCCAGGCGCUCCAAGCUCUCCCAUGACCCGAACAAUACCGCCUGGUCCAAAUCCACUACCAAUUUCGGCCAUAAGAUAUUGUCCAAGCAAGGCUGGAAACCAGGCGAUUACUUGGGCGCUGAGAAUGCGACCCAUAGCGAACACUACACAGCUGCAAAUGCAUCUCACAUCCGUGUCAUGCUCCGGGAAGACAACUUGGGAUUAGGCGCAAAGAUUGGAGGCGGAAAUGCGGAGACGUUCGGACUGAGUAUGUUCUCUGGCUUGCUAGGCAGACUGAACGGCAAGAGUGAAGUCGAGUUGAAGGAGAAACAAGAUCAGAUGCGGGAUGCAGAAUUGAGAACGUGGACUGGAAGGAAGUAUGGGUACAUGAAUUUCGUCAGCGGCGGGCUAUUGGUCGGGGAUAAGAUGGAGGAGAAGACAGUGACAACGAAAUCGGGUGGCUCUAGCAAGAAAAGGAAAGCAGAGGAAGAAGCCGUGGAAGAGAUUACACAACAGGAGAAGAAGAACAAGAAGCGAAAAAGCGAACCCGAUCAGACGACUGCACCGGACAGCGCGGGCGCCGAGAAGGUGAAAAAGAGCAGCAAAAAGGACAACAAAAACGGAGAUGCGGGAAGAAAUGUCUCGGUGGGGCCUGUCCAAGAUGACACUGAAUCGGGUCCCCAGGCCGAAGACAUGGCUAGGGAAGAAAAGAGGAAGAGGAAGGAACGCCGGAGAGCAGAGAAGGCCUCAAAAGUUACCAAAGCUUCCAGCGAAGAUGAAGAGAAAGCCCGCCUCCAAGAGGAGAAGCGUGCGCGAAAGGAGGAACGACGGAAACGGAAAGAAGAGAAGCGCCAAAAGAGAGCUGCCAAAGAGCAAGCUACAGUCCAACCGUCUACCUCAAGAAGCGAGAGCGAAGGCACAGCGACGCCACCUGUCCAAGCAAAUAUUGGAGGCCGACAAGCUGUACGGCAGCGAUAUAUCCAGUCUAAACGUAUGGCUUCUAUGGAUCCCCAAGCCCUCAAGGAGAUCUUUAUGUUACAGACAAAAACACCUGCAUAA